AUGAAGUCAAGUCUCAAGAAGAAACAAAUAGUCUGGGCUAGAACAAAAGGACGUAAAUAUUUUAAUUUAUUUAUUUAGAUCCCUGGUGGCCAGGAAUUGUAUUUUAUUUAUUUAUCUUAUUAAGAUUACACAAGUAUUCGAUGGAAAUUAGUAUGCUAUUAAUUUCAUUGGUGAUGAUUCACAGUAAGGGUACAUUCACAAUAUAUAUAGCUCCAUAUUGAUGAGUGAUAAUCUUUUUGAUUUUCAAGAGAAAUUCGAAGAAUUCAAUGAUAAAGUCAAGAAGAAUAAAAAAUUGAAAGAAGCAAUUCAAAAUGCGUAAAAACUCUAAAGUACCGCCUUUUUAAUAAUUAGAAAAACAAAAAAAAAAGCAUAGUGAUAGUGAAUAAGAAGAUAAAAAGAAAAGUAUCAUAAGUAAACGAAAUCUGCGAAAAUAAUUGAAAAAGCCCGAAACUCCAAAUAAAGAUGUAUUCAAAAUUUAUUAAUAAGAAUAUAUAAAAAUCUCCAUAAUAGGAAACUCCUUAGAUGUAACAGAAGAAACAAUAUCUAGACAGAGAAUUUUAAGAUUUAUUGUUAUUAUUGAUAGCUGCCUAAUUGAAUUAUGAUUAAAUUAAAUAGAAAUUGACACCAAUCCUUGAUACUAUAGAAGCUUAGGUGGCUCAAAAUAGUACUAUCACAGAAGUCCUAUCUGAAAGAAAGGGAUCUAUUCUGAAUGCCGUCUAUUUAAUAUUGAAACAUUAAAGUGAAUAAAAUCCAGAUCACUUUUUUUAAAGAGAUAUUCAUUAAUAAAUAACAAGAUUACAUGAGUUAAUUAGCAAAUUAAAAAACUCAUUAUUGAAUUAAUUCUUCAAUGCUGCUAACAUUAUUUAGAAUUUAUCUGAAGUAUGUUUUAAUGGUAAUAGAGGUAUUUACAAAAUUUUAUUUAUCAUCUAGGUUAAGUAUUUACAACAAUAAUGAAUUAAGAUAAGAUAAAUGAAAAGAAGAUAGCAUAAGUAUCAUAAACUGCAUCUUAAAAACAUGCUAUUGAGAAUCUUUAAUAAACAAAAAGGUAAAAAAAGAAAGAGAAAACUGAAUAAAAAAUUCAAAGCAAUAAUGGUAAUGUUUAAAUUCCUGAAAAUACUACUGUUUAAAAUAGUAAUAAUAAUAAUAAUAAUACAUCUAAUUAAUCAAAGAAAGAUUAAAUAACAAAUGAAGAGUCAAAAAUAGAAGAAAAAAAGAAUAAUACUGAAUAAACUAAAAUAAUUAAGUAAGAUAUUGUAGUUUAAAAAAAAUUGUAAAAGAAAAAUGAAAUUCCAGAUUAAGCAUUAAGAAGAAAAGUUUGUCUUAAUAUGUUAGAAUUAGUUUAAUUGUUAGGAAUGGAAGAGGAAGAAGCAAAGAAAAUUACAAUAAAAAUUGAAAGUUUAGGAAGGGAAGCUGAUCCAUUAAUGAGAAAUAAGUAUGCUAAGUUGAUGUGGCAUUGCAUAGUUAAUUUAGAUGUAUAUGAUUGGAAAUAUAAUUUAAGAGUAAAUUAUUAAAAAGGGAAGAGUUAUUAAAUUUGAUAGACGAAAAUGCAGAUCAAAGUGAUGUUUGGACUAAAUUAACAUUAUAACCAAUAGAUAGAACAAGAAAAUUGAUUCAUAUAUGA